GCAGAAUGUAUGCCGAAUGUCCCAAUACUAUUGCCGCCGCGUACAUUGGCGUAAGACAGGCGUCUGAAGGUCCGACUGCGCAGGAGGACGAGAGGCGAAGGCGCAGCGAUAGAGUCUGGUCAUGCCCAAGCAGACAGUGACGCCCUUUGGCAGGGUGCAAAGCCCCGAAGAGAGGGAGACCGCCAUGACCGCCGCCGCAGCACCCCGGCGGAUCGAGUCGUCGCGAAAGCACACGACAUUUGCCACACCAAGAGGUGACCUCACCCCACAUCAUGCAGGUCCUGGCAUUUGCAUGCACACCCCUAUUAGCGAGAAAGACGAGUAUGUGUUCCAAGUGCGCUGCAAAGCCAUGGAAGAAGUGAACGUGAUCCUCAGCCACGACGACAGUGACUCGACGAUGAAAGCACGGCAAGCAGCAGCAUGCGACUCGAUGAAGCAGUUCUUUUGGCGGACAGCGUCGACAAAGGAGAGCACCCUCAUGACAAUGUUCAACUUCUUCCACAACUCCAGGACCGAGGAAUCGUACCAACUAGACGCGAGCCAGCAGUCCAUCAACCAAUCGCAGGUGGUGCUGUUCCUGCUGAUCGUGUCUCGCGUGGCGAUGGCCGUGUGGUGGUUCCACACCAAGAACGACGCGCCCCUUGUGGGCAUGGAGCUCAUCGCCGACAAAUAUGCAGAUCCGUUCCAUUGGAUGUUCCUCCCGUUCGGGCUCGUGGCGGUGCUGCCGUUCCGGUGCUUCAACUCGUGGGGCAAGACCAAGUUGAUUGCGUACUGGAUCCGUCGGUACUGGAAGCACAUUGUGACUGUCAUCUUGAUGCUGUUCUGCGUCGGGUACUUGAUCUACUACAAGAUGGUGCACCGGGCCAUGGCGGACGACUUCCAACGCCGUCAUAGCCAGACCACGUGUGGCCAAGACGCGCCGAGCUCGCUCAAUGGGGUUGCGACAAUGUUCGACCUCGUCACAGAGUCCAUCUCGGGCCUGCAAGACCAUCUGUACAACAUGUUUCUCAUCAACGUGAUCGCCACGUCGUUGGUACUGUGUCUCACGCUCAAGCUGGACUUUCCGCAGGCGGUGCUGGUGCUGGGCAGUUCGUUUCUGUUUUACUUGUUGGACUGGGCGUUGGACGCCCCCGUCAACCACGUGUACCGGGCGUGCAAUUACUUUGUGUUUGCGUUUGCCAUCGUGUUGCCCAUCGUGACGGGGCUCACGGCGUUUUACUUCAUCGAUCGAGAUGCCCGCAUGGCGUUCUUUUCCAAGGUCGACGCCGAGCGGGUGAACACGGCGCUCAAGCAUGGCGUGACCGUGAAUCGUCUGCAGUACCAAACCCUGGGCCGCGUCGGGCCGUUCGAAGAGCAAUUGCUGCUCGAGUUGCUGGCCAAGACCCCUGAAAACGCGCUUAUCCACAACGUGUCGAUUCCAUUCGAGGACUUGACGCUGCAUGAACUCAUGACUGAACAUGCCAAAGGCGACGUCGUGCGUGGCGAGUACACUGGCCUUCGUGUAGCUAUCAAACGGUUGAGUGUGUUGACGCGGGAAACGGUGGUGGAAUUCAAAGCGCACGUCGAGUUGCUGGCGUGUCUUCGGCAUCCGAACGUCGUGCAGUUCAUCGGCGCGAGCUUUGACGCGCUCUUGAAUCUGUGCGUGGUGAUGGAGUACAUGGAGAAGGGCGACGUGUACACCCUUCUGCGGACGCCCAUGGCUCUCGAGUGGAACGACCCGCUGCUGCAGAUCGCCAUCGACGCCGCCCAGGGCAUCGCGUACCUCCACCACAGCAACGUGAUCCACCGAGACUUGAAGAGCGAGAACCUCCUAUGCACGGCCACAUAUGCGUGCAAAGUGUCGGACUUUGGCGAGUCCAAGCAAGUGCAGACGCAAGAGUGCCUCGAGACGAUGGUCGGUACGCCGUACUGGCUCGCCCCAGAGAUUUUGAGGGAGACGCCGUACCAGAACAAGGUGGACUGCUACAGCUUUGGCAUUGUGCUGAUUGAACUCGAGUCGCGGCGGGACCCGUACUUUGACUGCGACGACAUGAGCACGAUUGACAUCAUGAUGCAAGUGGCCAUGGGCACAUUGCGUCCGACGAUCCCGGCGUCGUGUCCGCCGCGGCGCCGCGCACUGAUCGACCAGUGCUUGGCCGACACGCCCCAGGACCGGCCGUCCAUGGUGACCAUCUUGAAGGCGCUGCAGACAGACAUUCGCGACGAAGUGCUGGGGGUGAAUUUCUCCGACCCGCAGCAGAAUCGGCGCCAGUUGCUGCAAAAGCACCAAAUGCUGAAUCGAAGGGGGUUGCACGAAGUGCUCGCGACGACCGACCAACACUCAUAGUAGACAGGCCUCAUAUAAAAAAUCGUAAUUAUUGUGAAUUCGCUAUAAACUUCCAAAAUUCGCCUGGUUUGUCGAAUCAAUAUUGAAUCACG